UAUAUUGCUCUAUUGGCAUAUCUAUUAUUGUCGCUCUCAGGGAACCGUGUCGUUCUGAAUUUAAAGUUUCCUAUUCUUUUUGUGUAUUUGUAAAUGUGCGAGAGACAGUGGGUCUUGUGAGACCUCAAAAUAAAUUGAGUGUCGCAUGUUGUUUAAACAUAUAUGUGAAAAUCAUAUGAAGAAAUUCUUUCUUCGUUACAGGAUAGGCGGUGUAGUCCUGUAUUUGUAUAUAGGUUGCUUGAGAGUUUGCCUAAUUUCCAAGGUUCAAGAAUAAUAGUUUAUAAGCUUUGUUGAUGUAAAAUGGAUUUGGCUGACUACUUAGCUUGUUUAUCACACACAGUAAUGCGUGUCUCGCAGUUGUGGUCGCGUGAUAAUAGCAAUAUUUUAUACUAUAAUCUACAGAAAUUUCGCUAUAAGAUUGAUCGUUACUGGCUAUGGACAGUGGUCAUGAUGCUGAAACGGACGAGGAUAGCACGCCAUUGAUGUCGACAAGCGACGACGACUAUUCCUGUGAGAUACAGCAGUUAAGAGAAGAGAAUGCAGACCUGAGACAAAGAUUGCGUCGGGCUCAGAAGAAAAUUGAUGAACAUAUCAUCGAGAAUAAAAAUCUGAGUGACAGGCUUAUUCAAGAGCGUGGUCAUUUUACCAAAUUACUUCAUCAAAUUUUGAAAGAAUACUAUAGCGUCGGCGAAAACUCCGUUUCAUUUAAGGAAGAACUCGGUGCAACUCAAGUACUCCUCUUGAGGGAACAAGAAAACAUCAAAGAACUCCAAGGUUAUAUUGACCGUUUAAGGUCAGAAAUUUGUAAAACUGGUCAGGAAUCUUUGAUAAAAUUAUUCGAUGGAAUUCCUGGUUCUGAAAAUGAAGCAAAAAUUCUCCCCAAUGGACACGUGGUUCAAGAGACAGAUAAACCUAUAGCUCAAAAAAUGAAGGCAUGUCACAGACUAAGUGCUGAGUUAGACCCUGACGAUCUUGUGUUAUCAUGCACGCUCUGCUCUGAAAAGAUGAGAAUUGAUGAAAUAACAAGUCAUUCAAGGAUAUGCUCUGCGCAAUCACAGUCAAAGAAUCGUGCAUUGCAUAAGCCAGACACAUUGAUCGUGAAUGUUACUUGUUCGGAAGCAGAUAUCGAGAAAGCUUCGUUUAAAAUUGUCACGAGGACAAAUCUUGAAAAUUACAAUAGCACUCAUUAUGAUGUUCAUCGAAGUGAAUCAGAUUGUUUAUGGUUAAGAGAAAAUUUACAAGAGUUGUGUACAGAAUGUGUAGUUCCUCCUUUACUACAACAGACUACACUUAAUGGGAAAACUAGAGAGUUGGAGCGAUUUCUUUCUCGUCUUUGCCAACAUCAGAUUCUGCGAACCAGCAGUUUGCUUCAAUUAUUUCUAACUGGUUCAGAUGAGGAAAUUCAAAUUGCCAAAGAAGGGUUUAAUGAAAGGCAGUCGUUAAAACAGACUCCAGUUGAACAUAAACCCUCCAGGAUUGACACAAGUGAUAAAGGAACACUGAUUAAAUGUCAGAAAUACUUAGAAUCCAUCGUGAAGAGUCUAAGUGGUCUGAUUAAUCACUUACGGAGUAGUCUGGAAAUUAGCUCGAAAAAAGGUCAAGGUCGAUGGUUUAAAUCUAUUGCAGAAUCUGAACCUGAAGAUACGUACUUGAAGACUGCGGCACAAGCAUUGAGUAAAGUUUGCGAUGACUUAGAGAAAGGGCAGAAAGAGGAUGAGAAACUUAUUAUUGGUGAUCUUCAAAGUGUUUUAGAAUAUAUUUAUAGCUGUCAGAAAUUAUUAGGAAGAGUAGAAAGUUCUGUGAACAGUUUUUUGUACUGGGAAGAAGAAGUUCGGGUUUGUGAAGACAUGAAGAAAAAUAUGAGUAAAGAAAGUAAUACAGAUCUCACGACGAGAUGGGCUGAGGCGAACUCUAAUUACCUUGCUGCCAAAGCACACUUGGAAAUGAUGUACAAGAAUCUUUCGGAUGAGCUGUAUCAUUUCGACUAUCAGAAAGAACUAGAGUUGCGUGAAAUAUUUAUAGAAUACACGACGUUAAAGUUUGAACAUUAUGAGAAGGUUAAGAGCAAGUGGGAGGCAGCGAUAGUUAUGACAGAAACGAUGUUAUCACGUGAUAACAGAGCAAUAGUGUUCACGUGACAGACAGCUAUGGUGUUGACAAUGUUCCACGUGGGAAUUCACAGGGAAUGUCGCAGCUGACGGAGGUGUUCUCAUGCAAGAGACUAUUUCCGGCAGUUUCCUAAUAAGCUGGACGCAAAGUCGCCCUUACUUUUCUCGGUUCUUAAUUUGGCCUGGCUAAAAGGGUUGGACUAGCAGGAGGUGUAAAACGUUGUGCAAAUUUUGAAGGUCUUUAUAACGUAAAAUCAACAAACAACCACAUCCAUGGUCAUUGGACAUUUAUCUUCACGUAUUAAUAAACUUCCUUACCCUAUCAUAAACUUCCGCUCGUCCAUCCGUUUUAGCCAUUAGCGUCCAAAUUGGACUGGACAACCUCAUUACGAAUUUAUUAGUGACGAGCAUAAAUAAUUAUUGACUUUUGGUCGAAAAAUAUCUAAGCUAAAAGAGCAGAUAAAUUUUUUGUAGACAGCCAGGAAAAAUAUUUAUAGGAUAGCCCUGAACACCAAAUCUUUUAAGAGCGAGGGUUGCUGCAUGCAUCCGCGUCUGUUUUAUAUCAAGUUGAAUACGAAAACUAUGUCAUUCAAGAAACUGCCUGAAGCAAAUUUUCAAGACCUGAGGCAAAUCCAUGUAGAUAAAAUCUCUUUGGAAAUAUUUCGACUAUAAGCAUGUCACUGCUUUAUAAAUAUUAAUCUAAGUGAUGAGAUCAGAACUAAGUGUAUUAAUUGUCGUUGUUAAUGUUACCUUAUGUCUAAAAUUCAUUUUCAUGUGUAUUGUCGUUCAUCAAUUCUGGGUGUU